CGGGACCCUCCCGCCACCCCGGUUUGGGGGUGGCCGAUAUCCGGGCACAUUGCGGCUGGGGCAGGAGAUAACUGGGAUCUCAAACGGCUCCGUUGGGUGUCUGAGUUGGAUCAGGGCUGGAAGGAGGCUGUGCCAGGGGUUUUCCUUGUGCUGGCAGACAGUCGGGGUGCAGCGGAGGGAUGGAGAGUAUUCCACAGGAUGGGAAUGCCACAGGUCACUGCACUGGAAGACACUUUGCAUCCUACCCUGCUGCUCUGGGUCAGGAGCUGCGUGUCCCCGGCUCCAGGGCACUAUCCAGGGGUUGAAGAACGGGACAGCCAGUGCUGGGAUGGACGAGGGACAGGACACCGGCUGUAAAUAUUUGGGAGAUAAACACCAGGAAAGGGGAAGAACUGCUGAAACCGAGGGAUGGCAUUGGCAGAGCCCCAGGAACACCAGUGAGGAGGAGGCUCCUCUGCUAGGACACUGGGGCCAGAAAGGCUGAUUUUGGGUCAGCUGGUGUGGGAAGGGUCAGGGGGAAGGGAGAUCUCUUCCUACUUGGAUUUCCUGUGCUUUGCUGAAGGCAGGGCUUUGGAAGCAGCAGGGUGAGGGGAAGGGGAACAUCCCACGUGUGUGGGUGCUGUCAUCCAGCAGAGAUGAGGGGAAGGGGAACAUCCCAGGUGUGUCAGUUCUGUCACCCAGCAGAGAUGAGGGGAAGGGGGACAUCCUGGGUGUGUCGGUGCUGUCCCCCAGCAGUUCGGUCCCUCUCGGCAGGAAUCGGCAGAGCCCUGAGCACCGGGUACUGUCGCCUGUGCCACGGGAAGUUCUCCUCCAGGAGCCUGCGCAAUGCCUUUGGGAAGGUGCCCGUGGUGGGGGAGAACUCGGAGAAGCAGCGGCGCGUGGACCAGGUGUUCUUCACCGACUUCCAGCGGCUGGUGGGGGUGGCGGUGCGGCAGGACCCGGCGCUGCCACAGUUCGUCUGCAAGAAAUGCCAUGCCCAGUUCUACAAGUGCCGCAGCGUCCUCCGCACCUUCAUCCAGAGGGUGAACGCCUCGCCCACGGGCCAUGCCAGGUCCAAAGGAAAGAGCGGCGCAGCCCUGGCACAGCCGGGCACGGAAGGAGGUGCCUCCUGCCUGGUUGACCUGAUCACAUCCAGCCCGCAGUGCCUGCACAGCCUGGUGACAUGGGCUCACACUCACGCCGGGAGCUGCCCCUCGGUGCCCGGCCUGCGGAGUGUCCUGUCUUCCGAGUACUGCGGCAUCAUCCGCGCUGUGUGGGGCUGUGGGGACGGCCACGACUACAUCAUGGACACGGCCUCAGACUGCAGCACUGUGCUGGUGGACAACGCCCUGGCUGUCAAACGCGAGUGGAGCAAGGGCACAGCACAACAGCGCUUGACUGACAACGGGGCUGGAGCAGACAAUGCCGAGGCUGUUCCUGCUCCCAAAGCCCAGCAUGCUCCAGUAAGGACAGCUCCUUGCCAGCAGCCCGCGAACAAAGGGACCACGGCGGUGCCACUGGAUGUGGAGGACGAGGCACUGCAGGACAGGGAUCCAUCUCGCUCGGAGCUGGACAGCGCAGCCUCUGUGCGGGAGGAGGGCCUGCCACAGCCUGUGUCCCCGCUGAGCACUGCCACAGGACAGUUGAGUGGGAAGCAGGUUCUGUCUGCAACGUCGGAUGAGCGGGUAAAAGACGAGUUCAGUGACCUUUCUGAGGGGGAUUUCCUGAGCGAUGAUGAAAGUGAGAAGAGAAACGUGCAAUCCUCAGAUGACUCCUUUGAGCCUUACCCCGACAAGAAGGUUUCUGGCAAGAAGAGCGACAGUAAAGAAGCAAAGAAAGUGGAAGAGCCCAAAAUAAGGAAGAAGCCGGGGCCUAAGCCAGGCUGGAAAAAAAAAAUCAAAUGUGAACGGGAGGAGCUGCCCACCAUCUACAAGUGUCCUUACCAGGGCUGCACCGCUGUCUACAGAGGGGCGGAUGGCAUGAAGAAACACAUCAAGGAGCACCAUGAAGAGGUGCGGGAGAGGCCCUGUCCUCACCCGGGCUGCAACAAGGUGUUCAUGAUCGACAGGUACCUCCAGCGGCACGUCAAGCUCAUCCACACAGAGGUACGGAACUAUAUCUGUGAUGAGUGUGGGCAGACCUUCAAGCAACGCAAACACCUCUCAGUCCAUCAGAUGCGGCACUCGGGAGCGAAGCCCCUGCAGUGUGAGAUCUGUGGGUUCCAGUGCCGCCAGCGCGCGUCCCUCAAGUACCACAUGACCAAACACAAGGCUGAGGCGGAGCUGGAGUUCGCCUGUGACCAGUGCGGGAAGCGCUUCGAGAAGGCCCACAACCUUAACGUCCACAUGUCCAUGGUGCACCCUCUGACCCAGACUCAGGACAAAGCCAAGCCACUGGAGCCAGAGCCCAUCCUCCUCCUCACUACUUCAGGGACUCCAGAGAACCAGGUGGUGAAGCCAGAAGUGACUGUGCAGCAGGAACCCACCUGAGAGGGACGGGGCUCCAUUCCCAGCCUAGCUCCGUAGAAACCGUAUGGCAGAGUGGAGAUUUAAAUCUACGUUUUAGUCUCCCAGAGAACUCCAUGGAAUUAGCUUCAGCUUGCUCAGAAAAGGCUUGUUCUCAUGCUGUGAUUUCCAUGCUCACGUCUGAUUCAGCAGUGUUGUACUAAAAGUGUCUAAUCCCGGGGGAAGGGACAUCGGCAGCACCCCCUUCGUGUCCCCAUCCCCACGCACACAUAGAAACCAAGUUGGCCACAACUGUUCCCUGCCUGCACAGAGGUGCCCUCGGGGCCUCGAGGGGGACAGAGGACAGUGGGACAACUUUAAGCAGACAUUUUGUUUUGGAAAAAAAAAAACAAAACACCAUAAUUAUGAUUCCCAAAGCAACUCUAAA